UCAACAUGGUGGUGAUGGAUCAAUGAAAUUUGUGGUAGAGUAGAUGUAGUGUUAAGUGUGUAUUUAAUUAUUUCGUAUUAUGUGUACACUGGACGAGUAAAUGGGCCAUGGGAAAGGACCAAGAGCUGUUGGAAGCAGCCCGAAAUGGAAAUGUUCCAGUGGUGGAGAAAAUACUCAGCCAAAGAGCCAAGAGGAGUGGCCCUCUUGCAAGUUUGCGGCGCGGCCCUGGAGCUAACGUCCAGGACAGCAGCGGCUAUUCCGCCCUGCACCAUGCCGCCCUCAACGGACACAAGGAAGUGGUGCAGCUGCUGUUGGCGCACGAAGCCAGCACCAACAUCGUGGACCAGAAGGGCUCGUCGCCGCUGCACCUGGCCGCCUGGACGGGCAACGUGGACAUCGUGCGCCUGCUGCUGUGCCACGGGCCGUCCGUGCCCAACGUCAACCUCACGACGAAGGACAACGAGACGGCGCUGCACUGCGCGGCGCAGUACGGCCACUCGGCGGCGGUGGCGCUGCUGCUGGAGAUGGGCUGCGACCCGUCCAUCCGCAACGCGCGUGAGGAGACGGCGCUGGACCUGGCGGCGCAGUACGGCAGGCUGGAGACGGUGGAGCUGCUGGUGCGCACGCACCCGGAGCUGAUGCAGCCGUACUCGGCGCGCGGCGGCGCCCGCUCGCGCCAGUUCCCGCACACGCCGCUGCACCUCGCCUCGCGCAACGGCCACAAGGCGGUGGUGUCGGUGCUGCUGGCGGCGGGCAUGGAGGUGAACGUGCGCACGGCGGCGGGCACGGCGCUGCACGAGGCGGCGCUGUGCGGCAAGCUGGAGGUGGCGCGCGCGCUGCUGGAGGGCGGCGUGGACCUGGCGGCGCGCGACGCGCAGCGCAACACCGUCAUGGACCUGCUGGGCCAGUUCCCGGCGCACGUCACGCACGACAUCGUCGCGCUCAUUCGCAUCUUCGUAUUUUUUUAA